AUGUUUGCCCCCGGCCCGGAGGACCCCUGCGCUCCCGGCAAAGAGCCGCGGAAAUACGGGGAGCUCGUGGUGCUGGGGUACAAUGGUGCACUUCCUAAUGGAGACCGAGGACGUAGGAAAAGCAGGUUUGCUCUUUACAAACGCCCAAAGGCUAAUGGAGUCAAGCCAAGCACUGUUCAUGUAAUAUCAACACCCCAGGCAUCCAAGGUGAUCAGCUGUAAAGGUCAGCACAGUAUCUCUUACACUUUGUCGAGAAAUCAGACAGUAGUGGUGGAGUACACACAUGAUGAUGAUACUGAUAUGUUUCAGGUGGGAAGAUCAACAGAGAGCCCAAUAGAUUUUGUGGUAACAGACACAAUUUCUGGCAGUCAAAACAAUGAUGAAAGUCAGAUCACCCAAAGCACCAUAUCCAGGUUUGCCUGUAGGAUUGUCUGUGAUAGGAGUGCACCGUACACAGCACGGAUUUUUGCAGCAGGAUUUGACUCUUCCAAAAAUAUCUUUCUUGGAGAAAAGGCAGCGAAAUGGAAGAAUCCUGAUGGACACAUGGAUGGACUAACUACAAAUGGUGUUCUAGUAAUGCAUCCAAAAGGAGGAUUCACAGAAGAGUCCAAACCAGGAGUAUGGCGGGAAAUCUCAGUUUGUGGAGAUGUAUAUACACUGCGAGAAACAAGAUCAGCCCAGCAAAGAGGAAAGCUAGUUGAAAAUGAGACCAACAUCUUACAAGAUGGCUCCCUCAUUGAUCUUUGUGGAGCAACCCUCCUUUGGAGAACGGCUGACGGUCUCUUUCACACUCCAACACAAAAGCACAUUGAAGCUCUACGGCAAGAGAUCAAUGCUGCCCGACCUCAGUGUCCUGUUGGACUGAACACGUUGGCAUUUCCCAGCAUCAACCAGAAAGAUGUGGUAGAAGAGAAGCAGCCUUGGGCAUACCUCAGUUGCGGUCAUGUGCAUGGCUAUCACAACUGGGGACACCGUAGUGAUACAGAGGCCAACGAGAGGGAGUGCCCAAUGUGCAGAACUGUUGGGCCAUAUGUACCUCUUUGGCUUGGCUGUGAGGCAGGAUUUUAUGUUGAUGCUGGACCUCCUACUCAUGCUUUUACCCCUUGUGGACAUGUGUGCUCAGAGAAGUCUGCAAAGUACUGGUCCCUGAUUCCAUUGCCUCAUGGCACCCACGCAUUUCACGCUGCCUGCCCUUUUUGUGCCACGCAGCUGGUUGGGGAACAGAACUUUGUAAAAUUAAUUUUCCAAGGUCCAAUUGACUGAUGCUAUCUACAAUAACAUCACUUUAAUGAGUUACUGUGAAGAUUUUGCCACUAACUGUAGAUUUUACCUUUUUUUUUUUUUUUUUUUUUUUUUUAAUAAUACUAUUAAGGGGUAUGAGGGGAAGUGGUAAUAGAGACUGGGAAAAGUGAGAUAACAGUAAUGACAGGUACCUGGAACUUGACAGAAAUCAAUGAUUUUACAUUUGCAACAGUUGUAUAUUCAUUGAAAUUUGUUUGAUAA